UCAAAGUUUGACCUUCCACUUUCUCCAACUCCAAUCCUUUUUUACUUUCGCCUAUAUAAAUCAAUACUUAAAUCCCACCAAAAGUAUACCAAUAUCUCUCGAAUCUCUAGAGACUAGAGUAGAUGGCAGAUGCUAUUAGAUUGUCGGCGUCCUCGUUUCAUUGUUCAUCGUUUCUCACUUCCUCCUAUGCAUCCACCACCUUGAACUCUCCACAAGCGGCUUUUUCUCUUUCACCCAAAUUUAAUUUUGAUAGGAAAAUCUGUAAUCUUUCUUCUUCUUUUGCCGGCGUUUCUCCUCUUCCUUUGACUUCCACUAAGCAUUUGCUGUCUUUCAAGGUGCAUGCAGCUAUGACUGAAACAAGCAAACCCAAAUGGUGGGAGAAAAAUGCAGGGCCGAAUAUGAUUGACAUUCACUCUACUCAAGAAUUUACGACUGCCUUAAAUGAAGCUGGAGAUAGAUUAGUUAUUGUUGAGUUUUAUGGAACUUGGUGUGCUUCUUGCAGAGCUUUAUUUCCCAAGCUCUGCAAAACUGCCCAAGAACACCCUGAAAUUUUGUUCCUCAAAGUCGAUUUUGAUGAGAAUAAGGCUAUGUGUAAAAGUUUGAAUGUUAAGGUGCUUCCUUAUUUCCAUUUCUACCGUGGGGCGCAUGGACAACUCGAAUCAUUUUCGUGUUCGCUUGUCAAGUUUAAAAAACUUAAGGAUGCUAUUGAACUGCACAGACAACCGUGAGACAACGCUAGUCCAUUUAAGGGAGUUGGAGACUUGAAUACUGAAUCUGUAUCAGCUCCGUUCGAAAAGCCUGCAGCAUCAAACUAAACACGUACGUGUUUCGUUACAUAGUAUGCUGAUUGCCAUGAUAUUUGCCUCUGCAGUAUCAAAAUAUUUCUGUAUGUUCCAUUUUUAUAAGUAGAAAAGAAUAUACUAGGUAGAAAUUCUUAGCUAGCUGCAUUCUUUUUCAGUCUUAUUCUGCCCCUUAUACAUGUAAUGUAACCUCGAAAUUCAAUUGGAAAUCAGAUUCACAUGUCUCUGUUGGAUUAGUA